UGGCGGCCGCUCCCGGGGCUCCCGCCGCCGCCGCCGGCGGCGCCCCCUCCCUGGCCAUGGGCGAGGAGGACUAUUACCUGGAGCUGUGCGAGCGUCCGGUGCAGUUCGAAAAGGCGAACCCGGUCAACUGCGUCUUCUUCGACGAGGCCAACAAGCAGGUGUUUGCUGUUCGAUCCGGUGGAGCUACUGGGGUGGUCGUGAAAGGCCCGGAGGAGAGGAAUCCCAUCUCCUUUCGAAUGGAUGACAAAGGAGAAGUGAAAUGCAUAAAGUUUUCCUUAGAAAACAAGAUACUAGCUGUGCAGAGAACCUCUAAGACUGUGGAUUUUUGUAACUUUAUCCCUGAUAAUUCUCAGCUGGAAUAUACCCAAGAGUGCAAGACUAAGAAUGCCAACAUUUUGGGCUUCUGCUGGACCAGUUCUACUGAAAUUGUCUUCAUAACAGAUCAAGGGAUUGAAUUUUACCAGGUAUUACCAGAGAAGCGGAGUCUGAAACUCCUGAAGAGCCACAACAUCAAUGUGAAUUGGUACAUGUACUGUCCAGAGAGUGCUGUGAUUCUGCUCUCUACUACAGUCCUUGAAAAUGUUCUGCAGCCUUUUUAUUUUAAGGCUGGCACUAUGUCGAAGCUACCCAAGUUUGAGAUUGAAUUACCAGCUACACCGAAGUCAACUAAACCUAGCCUUUCUGAACGAGACAUCGCCAUGGCCACCAUAUACGGGCAGCUUUACGUUCUCUUCCUGAGACACCACUCUCGUACCUCCAACAGUACAGGAGCGGAGGUGGUCCUCUACCAUCUGCCACGAGAGGGAGCUUGUAAAAAGAUGCAUAUAUUGAAGUUAAACAGGACUGGAAAGUUUGCUCUAAAUGUGGUGGACAACCUUGUAGUUGUUCAUCACCAGGACACAGAGACGUCGGUAAUAUUUGACAUCAAAUUACGUGGAGAGUUUGAUGGCACGGUGACCUUCCAUCACCCCGUGCUCCCAGCUCGAUCCAUUCAACCCUAUCAGAUCCCCAUGGCAGGUCCUGCUGCUGUGACCAGCCAGUCUCCUGUUCCAUGUAAACUCUACUCUUCAUCCUGGAUUGUCUUUCAACCUGACAUCAUUAUCAGCGCCAGCCAAGGGUUUCUAUGGAACCUCCAGGUGAAACUUCAGCCCAUAGUGAAUCUCCUGCCAGAUAAAGGCAGGCUGAUGGACUUUCUUCUUCAGAGGAAGGAGUGCAAGAUGGUUAUCCUGUCUGUCUGCUCUCAGAUGCUGAGUGAGUCAGACAAAGCCACACUGCCUGUGAUAGCCACUGUUUUUGACAAACUCAACCAGGAGUAUAAGAAGUACUUGGACGCUGAACAGAGUUACACAAUGGCAGUGGAAGCAGGGCAAAGCCGGAGCAACCCACCUCUCAAAAGGCCAGUGCGGACCCAAGCCGUGGUGGAUCAGUCUGAUGUGUAUACCCAUGUGCUGUCACCAUUCACGGAGAACAAGGAGAUGCCACAUAAGUUUGUGAUAGCUGUGCUGAUGGAGUAUAUUCGCUCGCUGAACCAGUUUCAGAUCGCAGUACAGCAUUAUUUACACGAACUUGUCAUCAAGACACUCGUCCAGCAUAAUCUCUUCUACAUGCUCCACCAGUUUCUGCAGUACCAUGUGCUCAGUGACUCCAAGCCAUUGGCCUGUUUGCUGUUGUCCCUAGAGAGUUUUUAUCCUCCGGCCCAUCAGCUGUCUCUGGAUAUGUUGAAGCGACUUUCAACAGCAAAUGAUGAAAUAGUGGAAGUUCUUCUAUCCAAACACCAAGUGUUAGCUGCCUUAAGGUUUAUCCGGGGUAUUGGUGGCCAUGACAACAUUUCUGCCCGGAAAUUUUUAGAUGCUGCAAAGCAGACUGAAGACAACAUGCUUUUCUACACAAUAUUCCGGUUUUUUGAACAGCGAAACCAGCGUUUGCGAGGGAACCCAAGUUUCACACCAGGAGAACACUGUGAAGACCAUGUUGCUUUUUUCAAACAGGUGUUUGGAGAUCAAGCUCUGAGGCCCACAACAUCCUGAAACUACUAGUUUUUUUUAUAUA